AUGCCUUCGAAAGACAUCGAAUUGAAGACUUCAGACAAUAUCACUCUUCGAGGAUGGUUCGUCACGCCCGCCUCGUUCGACGGCAAAUUACCUUGCCUAGUCAUGGCACAUGGCUGGACUGCGCUGAAGGAGAUGGACCUCAACACCUUUGCCGACUACUUCACUUCCAGCUUACCGAUAUCCUGCCUUGUGUACGACAACAGAGGUUUCGGCGACAGCGACCCAGCACUGGGUCAGCCGCGCCACGAGAUCAUCCCUCAGCUACAGCAGAGCGACUAUUCUGAUGCCAUUACAUACGCCUCAUCUUUGCCAGAGGUCGAUCCGGAACGCAUCGGACUUUGGGGCAGCUCCUAUAGCGGAGGGCAUGUUCUCUACGUAGGUGCAGUGGAUCGACGAGUCAAAGCUGUGCUGUCGCAAUUAUACAGCCUACUCACCAACGGUUGGGAGAACUUCAACCGCCUCAUUCGGCCUGACUUUGCUGGUGGGAUGAACACUUCAUUCGCAGAGGGUAUGUCACUCUUCGUAUUGUUGCGUAUGCCCGCGAGCUGUAGUCGCUCUGAAUGA